AUGAAUUCUUCUUCAAUUUUUUUCAUUCAAAAUACCGACAGAACUAACCUUACAGAUUCGUCACUAUCCAAGAAACCAGAAUUUUCAAUAAGAAUAGUAGUAUGUGAUUAUUAUCUUACAAAACCAGUACCUGGUGUUGAUGUUAUAUAUUCUGAAUUUAGAGGUUCGGAUAUUAAACAGGUGCCAGUGCUUAGAAUAUUUGGGCCUACUCCUUCUGGAAGGAAGGCUUGCCUUCAUAUUCAUGGUGUUUUCCCUUAUUUUUAUUUACCAUGUCCAACAUCAAAUCCAGAACCACAGUUUUUGUAUCAGAUUGCAGCAAGCUUAGAUAAGGCUAUAAACAUUGCAUUGAAACAAGCAACAUCAGUAAAUCAACAUGUAUAUAAAAUAUCUUUGGUUAAAGGAUUACCUUUUUAUGGAUUUCAUGAUAAAGAGCAUUUAUAUUUAAAGAUUUUUUUGUAUAAUCCAGGCUUAAUAAGACAAGCAGUAGACUUAUGUAGCAAUGGAGCUAUUUUAGGUCAAUCUCUACAGCCACAUGAAUCUCAUCUAAACUUCACUUUACAGUUUUUCAUAGAUUUCAAUUUAUUUGGUAUGAGUAAUAUUGAUUUACAAAGUGUUAAAUUUCGUAGAAACGGUCUAUUACAAAGUAGUAAUGAUCCAUUAGAUGAAAUUGAUGAAAUUAAUCUGAAACCAGAAAGUAUAUGUUACUUUGAAGCUGAUUGUGUCGCGUCACAGAUUAUUAAUAGACAGAGAAUUGGAAAAGCAGACGGUAUAGAAAAUCCAGGCCUAGAAGAAGUAUGGAAUCAAGAAAUGGAAAGAAGGAAACAGUUAGAUAUAUCUCUAGCAUCAAAAUCACUCACUCAAAGUAGAAAUAAAACUGAUGAAACAGAUUCACAUUAUAAAUAUCAAAAUAUGUUUUUAGUAAAAAAUUCUAAUUUAAUUGAUAAACCAAUUGAAAUAGACUCAAAGGUGACAAAUGAACCUAAAAUACAUUAUCCUGCAGAAAUGACUAUGGAGGGAUCACAACUUUAUAAUGCUUCUGAUGUCAGUACACAUUUACCAGAAAACACAAAUCAAACAUUAAAUAAAACAUUAAGAAGUAACAGUGGAAAUACAAAUCUUGAUAGCACAGUUGUAGAUGAAGAUAUAGCAUUAAAUAGCAGUUUUUCCUUACAUUACAGUCAAGUAUUAUUGGAUAGUGAAGAUUUUGAGUUAGUGGAUAUGCUUCAAGAUUUAGAUGAUAAGCCAAUAGAUGAUGAUAGUGUAAUGGGUACUCAACAAGAAAGAGCUGAAGAAGUAAAUUCUGAUGCUGAACUUGAUAAAGAAUAUUCACAAAUAUUUAAUGAUGACACUAUUUGUUUGGAUCCGGAAAAAUGCGAAAGUGAUGCUAAGGAAUCAACACCCUCUUGGAAUGACACAUUUUGGGAUGGUGCUAACAUAUCACAAUUGGAUGGAACAUGUGAUGACGAUCAUGUUAAAAAAGUAAGAAAAAGAAAAAUGAGAUCAUUUAAACUUGGUCUAUCCAGGCCAAAAACUAAAAAGUCCAGUAAAACAGAUGGUAAUAAAAAAUUAAAUAAAAAUCUGGAUACAGAAACGAUAGAAACAGAACAAGAAAUUAAUGAAUUAAAGAUUUCAGAAAGUAAAGAAUCCAUUGUUACUACUUCAAAAAAUUCUUUGGAAAUGUCGAUAGAUGUUUUAGAUAUAAGUUUAAAUAACGAGAAACCUGAAGAAAAGGUGAUUAAUACAAAUAUGUCUAUUACUGAAUUAGUAAAAAUACAGUCUGAAAAAAGUUUAAAACUAGAACCAGCUAUUGAAUAUGAUAAACAGAAAAAAUUUGAACCUGUCGCUGGACCAUCUAAACCAGUAGUAACUAAUAAAAUGAAAAUUAUCAUACCUGAUAAUUCUAUAAAUGACUCGUUUGAUUCAUCACCAGAAGAAGAUGUGGGUAUUAAAAGUUUUUAUGACACAUCAAAAUUUAUUGAUACAUCUUUAGAAAUUGAUGCUAGCUUAUCCCCGGAAGCUGCAAAUAGUCCUAACAAUGUUACUGUUGAACAAAAUCCCAUUAAGAACGAAAUAAGUGAAAAUGUAAAAAUUAAGCAAGAAAUUGAAGAUUAUGAAGCUUUAAGUGACAAAAAAAUUAUAAUAACACCUAAAAUAAAACCACCUACUACGAAUUAUGUUAUAUCAACAUGUCAGAAGUAUUCUAUACCAGAAAAUCUAAAUUUGAAACCUUUUUUCUCCAAUUACAAAGAUGUUGGUGACAAAAUAGAAAUAGGUCAUAUGCUUAUCAAAUUACAAAGUCAUCAAGCUCGCGAUAUGAAUCCAUUUGAAAAAGUAUUAAAUACAACUAGUAUAGAAGAAUGGAGGCAAUUAUUAUUUCUGCAACAGACAAAUGAAAUGCCAGAUGAUAUUCCAAAACCCGAAAUACUAAAAUCUUUAUUAGCAGGAAAUAAACAAUACAUUUUAGAACCAAUUAAAAAACCUCCUACAACUCGUGAUGUUAGUUAUUGGAUAAAACAACAAGAUAAAGAAUCAACUACAGAAUCUAAUAUAGAUUGUAAAGAAAUAAGUAAAGAUAUUGAUGAACUGGAAUCAUCACAAGUUAUAGGUUUAAAUGAAGAUGAAAUUAACAGUAGCCUUAGUUUAGAAAGUACUGAUAAAGAUAUAACAAAAAUGACCAACAGUCUUCAAGUUAUGCAACCUGAUGGAUCAUUUCUCUGUUUUGGAAGUACAGAAAAUCAAAGCGAAAAUAUUCUCGACUCACCAGCAAUGGAGGUUGAUUUUCUUACAUUAAUGCUGGUAGAAGUGCAUACAUCAGUUCGUCUAGAUUUGAAUCCAGACCCUUCAAUAGAUCCUAUCCAAGCAAUAUUUAUUACAGUAAAAAAUUACUGUCCCACAAAUCACUUUCUACAAAAUGAAAUUACUGAAAUACUCGUCAUAGAUUCACUUCAACCUCCAAAACUUUUAGAUAGAUGCGUUUUUAAUUCAAAAGUGACUUACGUAGAAAAUGAAAUCAAAUGUAUAGAGAAAUUGAUAAAACUAGUAAAAGAAAAUGACCCUGAUAUUCUAUGUGGAUAUGAUAUUGAAAUGAAUUCUUGGGGUUACAUCAUAGAAAGGGCACAAAACUUGGGCAUUGAGGUUAUAAUGGAAAUUUCUAGAAUAACCGAGAAACAUCGACAGAAGAGAUGGAGGAAUGAUGAAAGCGAAUUAGAAGGGAGGGUGAUUGGAAGAAUUACGUUCAAUGUUUGGCGUUUAUUUAGACACGAGUUGGCAUUAUCUAGUUAUAGCUUUGAGAACUGUAUGUACGUAAUAUUAAACGAGAGAGUACCAACAUAUAGUUACGCACAAUUAGCCGAAUGGUGGAAUGAUGAAUCAAGAAUCUUAAGAUGGAUUCCCGUUGAAUACUAUCUCACUAAACUGUCCGGAACAGUUAGAAUGUUGGAGAAGCUAGAUAUGAUAAAUCGUACAUCAGAGCUGGCGCGUCUGUUUGGUCUGCAGUGGUGGGAGGUGCUGUCCCGGGGCUCGCAGUUCCGUGUAGAGUCACUCAUGUUGCGAGCAGCUCGGCCACUAAACUUGGUCGCCUUGUCGCCUACAGUACGCCAGAGAGCGGCCAUGCGUGCGCCGGAAUGUCUGCCACUUAUAUUUGAACCAGAAUCCCGAUUUUAUUCGGAUCCAGUGAUAGUGUUGGAUUUUCAAAGUUUGUAUCCUUCUAUGAUGAUCGCCUACAACUACUGCUUCUCCACCUGCAUCGGCCGCGUGCAAAAUAUUAACGGCGAUGCACCAUACGAAUUCGGUACUUGGCGUUUACGUAUACCUAAAUCAAAGUUGGACACACUAGUGGGCAAUGGACUAGUGCAUUGGUCACCUGUGGGCGUGGGCUUUAUCAAAUGUUCAGUACGUCGUGGUGUGUUACCUGCGCUACUGAGACGGAUCCUCGCCGCGCGGCAGGCGGUCAAGAAAAAUAUGAAACUGCAAACCGAUGAGGCAGUUAAAAAGGCCAUGCAUUCAAGACAAUUAGGUUUGAAACUAAUAGCGAAUGUAACGUACGGUUACACGGCGGCUAACUUCAGCGGGCGCAUGCCCUGUGUUGAGGUCGGUGAUAGUGUGGUCGCCAAAGGACGAGAAACACUAGAACGAGCUAUCAAACUCGUCGAUAACAAUACUAAAUGGAAUGCAAAGGUGAUAUACGGUGAUACGGAUUCAAUGUUUGUAUUAAUUCCGGGCGCGAGCAGACAGCGAGCGUUUGAGAUCGGACAAGAGAUAGCUGACGCAGUCACUGCUGACAAUCCAUCGCCGGUCGUAUUGAAAUUAGAAAAGGUGUAUCAACCUUGUAUUUUACAAACAAAGAAACGUUACGUGGGCUAUAUGUACGAGAGUCCCGACCAGGAGAAGCCUGUCUAUGAAGCAAAAGGUAUUGAGACCGUGCGAAGAGAUGGCUGCCCAGCUGGUGUUAAGUUACUCCAGCGGUCAUUGUGCGAGUUGUUCGAGACUGGUGACAUGUCGCGUGUGAAACGCGUGGUAUGCGCGACACUAGCGCGCCUCGCUGACGGCACACUGCCGCUACACGAGCUGUUCUUUACGCGCGAGUAUCACGGACCCGCUGGGUAUAAAUCGGGAGCCGCCGUGCCACCUAAUGAAAUUGCCAAGCGGUUAAUGUGCCGAGACCCGCGCAGCGUGCCACGUGCGGGAUGGCGCGUGUCAUGGCUGGUGUGCGCGGGCGCACCCGGCACCGCGCUGUCCCGACUGGCGCGCUCACCCCGCGAGCUGCUGCGCCAGCCCGCCACGCCACACGUCCUAUACUACGCCACGCGAGUCUUGCUACCUCCACUUCACCGCUGUCUUUCAUUGCUAGGAGUGCACGUCUUCAAUUGGUGGAAGGAAGUAGGUGAAGGGCGAGAGAUCCAGCUGGAGAGAGCGUCAGCUGGCCGCGGUGGUGGUAUCGCGAGGUACAUGGAGCGGGGGCGGUGCGCGGUGUGCGGGGCGCGGGGGGCGCGCUCUCUGUGCAGCGCCUGCGCUCGGCCACAAGCCCUGCUCCCGCUCGCCACCAGACUUGCGCGUGCGCACACGCAUUUACAGUAUUGUUAUGACAUGUGUAGAACCUGUACGGGCCACUCUGAGUGUCAACAAUGUGAGAACACCGAGUGUCCUGUGCUAUGGCGCAGACUCACCGCACAACAAAAACUAGAUGAAAUACGAGACGUUUUCAACAAUCUACCUCCUCACUUGACUUUGCAUGAUAUACAUUUUUAA